CUACCGUUCGAAUAGUUAGCAGAUAUGUCAGAUACACUCGAAAUAACCGUUCGGAAAACUCAAUAUAAUCCUGACACCAAAAUAUGGCAAGGGAAAAAACGUGAAGUAGCUUUUAAUGCUGGGGAUUCAAUUGCAUCGGUGGUGUUAAAGAAAUUAUUAGAAGAUCCGGAAUAUGUCGGUCAGAUUUGCUACCAAAGUGGCAAUGAGCUCACGAAUUUCGAAAUUGCCAAACGAACGGUACAGAUUGCCCAACACUUUGAGAAGUUACAGUGCCAACAGACGGACGUGAUUGGAUUGUGUGCCGGCAAUACGGAUUAUAUAGCCCCACUGGUUUUUGGUGCAUUGGCAGCUGGUCUGAGCAUUAGUACCUUAGAUCCCAGUUUUGAUAAGGCUGGCAUUAAACACGUCUAUUCGCUGACCAAGCCUCGAAUGAUGUUCUGCGAUGGUGAUCUCUACGAACGAGUGCGUGAAGCUUUGGAUGAAUGUGAUUUGGGCGCCACGAAAAUCUAUACAAUGAGUAAUCAUGUGGAUGGGGUGCCGAGUAUUAUGGAAUUCUUUGAGAAUGAAAGUGUAAAUCCCUGUGAUUAUAGAGUACAACCCCUCAAGGAUGGCGUACAUCAGACGGCAUUCAUUGUUUGUACCUCGGGCACAACAGGAUUACCCAAGGGUGUUUGCAUAUCCCACGCCAGUUUUCUGUCUAUGACUAUGAUAGAAAAUGGCUUCAAAGACAGGAAUUUCCUAUGCUUUAGCACACUGUAUUGGUUGUCGGGACUCUUUACCCUAAUACAAGGCACAAUUGGUAGCGCUAGACGUAUUAUUUCCUCAAAAGCAUUCAACGCCGAUGAUUUCUUCGAUAUUGUCGAACGCUACAAAGUCAACAUUACCAUGGGUCCACCAUCACAGAUUGCCUUGGCUGUUUCAUCGGAUAGAAUUGGCUCCGUCGAUCUUUCGAGCUUAACAGCCUGUAUGAUUGGUGGCAGUGCCGUGUUAUAUUCCUUGACAGAGAAAUUCCGCAAAUAUGCCACCAAUGCAUGGUGUCUGAUAGGCUAUGCAUCGAGUGAAACAUCGGGAAUUUCGGCAACACCAAGUUUGCCCAGCAAUACUGUGGGCGAAUUGAUGGACAAUGUAGAGGUGAAGAUAAUCGAUGAUGAUGGCAAUGCGUUGGGUCCCCAAGAAUCGGGGGAGAUAUGUGUACGCACUCCCCUACCGUGGGCUGGUUAUUUUGGUAACCCCACAGCCACCAAAGAGAAAUAUGAUUUGGAGGGUUGGAUCUAUACCGGAGAUGUGGGAUAUUUCAAUGAAGAGGGUGAACUGUUUUUGGUCGAUCGUAAAUGUGAUAUUCGUAAAUACAACAACUUCCAUUUUUCGCCCACCGAUAUUGAGAAGGUUAUCAGUGAAUUGCCUCAGGUGGCCGACGUUUGUGUGGUGGGUAUACCGCACAGUGUCCAUGGUUUCCUACCCGCUGCCUUUGUUAUUAAGCGAUACAAUAGUGAAAUCAAGGAAUCGGAAAUCUAUCAACAUGUUGUGGAGAGAAUGCAAGACUUUGAACAUUUGCGUGGUGGUGUUUAUUUCGUUGACGAUUUUCCACGAACAGCAUCGGGCAAGGCCUUACGUCGUAAGGUCACGGAGUUGUGUGAGAAGCUAUGGAAUGAAAAGAAUGGAAUUAAUUAGAAAUUAAAA